AUGGCUCUCGCAAUUGCGCAGAGGGCCGCCGCGGUGCCCCUCGCGCCCGCCAUGCGGCAAGCAAGCUCCCUGUUCUCCCGCACGCCCAUCUCGACAUCAUCCCAAUCACCAAUACUCUCCACAGCCGACGACACGGAGCGGCUGCCGGUCAACACCAUCAUCCGGUUCGUGCCGCAGCAGACGGCGUGGCUGGUGGAGCGCAUGGGCAAGUUCCACCGCAUCCUGCAGCCGGGCCUGGCGGUCUUGAUCCCCUUCAUCGACCGCAUCGCCUACGUCAAGUCGCUCAAGGAGUCCGCCAUCGAGAUCCCGAGCCAGAGCGCCAUCACGGCCGACAACGUCACCCUCGAGCUCGACGGCGUGCUGUACACGCGCGUCUUUGACGCCUACAAGGCCAGCUACGGAGUCGAAGAUGCCGAGUACGCCAUCAGCCAGCUGGCGCAGACGACGAUGCGAAGCGAGAUCGGGCAGCUGUCGCUGGACCACGUGCUGAAGGAGCGGGCGACGCUCAACACCAACAUCACGGCGGCGAUCAACGAGGCGGCGCAGGCGUGGGGGGUGACGUGCCUGCGGUACGAGAUCCGCGACAUCCACGCGCCGCUGCCGGUCGUGGACGCCAUGCACCGGCAGGUGACGGCGGAGCGGUCGAAGCGGGCCGAGAUCCUCGAGUCGGAGGGCCAGCGCCAGAGCGCCAUCAACAUCGCCGAGGGCCGCAAGCAGUCGGCCAUCCUGGCGUCGGAGGCCGAGCGCGCCGAGCGCAUCAACCACGCGGCUGGUGAGGCCGAGGCCAUCCUGCUGCGCGCCAACGCCACGGCCGCCGGCAUCGACUCGGUUGCCCGCUCCAUUGCCCAGGGCGCCGGCUCCGCCCAGUCGGCCGUCAGCCUGUCGGUGGCUGAAAAGUACGUCGAGGCCUUUGGCCGCCUGGCCAAGGAGGGCACCGCUAUCGUCGUGCCCGGCAAUGUCGGCGACAUUGGCAGCAUGAUUGCCACCGCCAUGAGCGUCUACGGCAAGGUCGGCGACGCCCAGGCCAAGACGGUAGCCAAGCAGCUGCUUGACCAGCAAGCCAACGUCCCGCAAGAACCUAGCAUCCCUUCGCCGCCAGCGUCUGGGUCUGGCACGGGCAAGAACUGA